AUGGGUUGUGGCAUGAGCACAGAAGAGAAGGAGGGGAAGGCCCGCAAUGAGGAGAUUGAAAAUCAGCUCAAGCGCGAUAAGAUGAUGCAACGAAAUGAGAUUAAGAUGCUUCUUCUCGGUGCUGGUGAAUCUGGAAAGUCUACCAUCUUGAAACAGAUGAAGCUUAUCCACGAAGGCGGCUACUCAAGGGAUGAGCGAGAGUCUUUCAAGGAGAUCAUCUUCAGCAACACAGUGGCAUCUAUCAGGGUGAUUCUCGAGGCUAUGGAGUCACUAGAGCUACCCCUAGACGACCAGCGCGCCGAGUACCACGUCCAGACUAUCUUCAUGCAGCCAGGUCAGAUUGAAGGUGAAAGCCUUCCGCCAGAGGUCGGUAACGCCAUUAGCGUUCUCUGGAAAGACGCUGGCGUUCAAUCGUGUUUCAGUCGGUCACGAGAGUACCAACUCAAUGAUUCCGCCAAAUACUACUUUGAUUCCAUUGAGCGUAUUGCGGCUCCCGAUUACAUCCCCAACGAUCAGGAUGUUCUCCGGUCGCGUGUCAAGACGACCGGUAUCACUGAGACUACCUUUAUCAUCGGUGACUUGACAUACCGCAUGUUCGAUGUUGGUGGUCAGCGAUCUGAGCGAAAGAAGUGGAUCCACUGCUUCGAGAAUGUCACAACCAUUCUUUUCCUCGUCGCCAUUUCCGAAUACGACCAGCUUCUCUUCGAGGAUGAAACUGUCAACCGUAUGCAAGAAGCUCUCACAUUAUUCGACUCCAUCUGCAAUUCAAGAUGGUUCGUCAAGACUUCCAUCAUUCUCUUUCUCAAUAAGAUCGAUCGAUUCAAAGAGAAGCUACCGGUCAGUCCAAUGAAGAACUACUUCCCCGAUUACGAAGGUGGUGCCGAUUAUGCCGCGGCUUGCGACUAUAUCCUGAACCGCUUUGUCUCCCUUAAUCAACAUGAGACCAAGCAAAUAUACACGCACUUUACAUGUGCUACCGACACCAUGCAGAUUCGCUUCGUUAUGGCUGCUGUCAACGAUAUCAUAAUCCAAGAGAACCUUAGAAUGUGCGGUUUAAUAUGA